AUGCAUGCCGUAGUCGUGGCUUCUCGAGGAGCCAUGAACUACUUCUGGGAUAAAAUCCGAAAUGGUUAUGACGGAUGCGCUGUGACCAGUGAACCAAGCACUUGCCUGAGUGACGUUGUGCACCUGAAUCUGCGGGAAGACGCUCGCGAACGGUCUAGGUUUCAUGUUAUGCAAAGGCAUUUCUCCAGGUAUAAAGAGCAAGAUCAUUCGCACACGGUUAUGGGUUAUGACGACGGAGCUCAGGCUCUAUCAAUGGUGAGCGAUUCCCUCAUUAGCCUGCAUAAUCUCACUGCUGAAGAUUUUCGAAUAUUUGAUCUGCUUCUGAAUAGGAUCAGAGUUGCCCCAAAGUAA